CGGCAAAGCGGUUUCCCAACGGCUCGGCGGUUUGUUGCGGAGAGUCGGUCUCAGCGGGAGCGCUGAGGAGGCGCCGCGGGCGAUAAUGAAACGCCGCUACACUUCUUCCGGUAAGACAGAGGAGACCGCUAUUGGGGGAACAGUAAAAAAAUCCCGUAAAUCAAUACCUCAGCAAGGGCCUUCCAGCAAAAAUAAGGGAACAGAUGGAAGAAAAAGAAAACAAAGUCAAAAAGGAGAGAAGAUCACUCAAACAGGCAAAUGGAAAGCUAAGGAGCACAGGGACUAUUCUCCUGCAGAAAAUAGUUCUUCAAAAGAGAUGAAGCUAACCAGCGCUGAAAUAGCAUGUUGGCAGACUCUCUCAGAGAGCAGCAAGCAGUUUCUGGAAGCUGUGAUGGAUUCAGUAAUACUAUCUGUUCUGUGCCAACAAAGAGAUAGGAAAGAAGAUGUUCAGAAACACCUCAAUUUAUUGAAAGACAGGAUGCUGAGAUUUUUCAAGACCUUAAAAGUACCUCCAGGGAAGUUGGGCAAUCUAAAGAGUUUCUCGAGUCUUCAAGUGGCAGAGAAACAAACGCUUGAGACAAAUGAAGAGUCUUUGAUACAACUACAGGAAGAAGUAACUGAAGCUGAACGAUCAGCAGGACACAUAGAUGAAACUAUCCAGCAACUACAGCACAAAAUCCAGGUGCUCAGGAACAAGUUGAAGGAAGAAGAAGAAAAGGCUAGGAAGGUAUUCCAGGAAGAUUGUAGUGGAGCACUGCACCUUCCAGAACUCCCCAAGCACAGUUUAAAGGCACCUACUCUGCAGGAAGAAAUCUUGAAGAUAAAAAAUAAGAAUGGUCUUUUAAAGGAUAUGAACACUAUUCAGCAGUCAGCUGAAAUGAGGAAUGUGUUAAGCCUCGUUGAAAAGAUCUAUGAGAAGGUGGACUUCAUUUGAGAAACCAAAUGCUUUAAGCGCAGGAUAACCUCUGCUAGUAUUCUGUGCUAACGCCGAACAACAGUUGUUCAUCAUGGAAAUAGUGCUUUGUUCUUAAAGGUUUUAUUCUUGUGACUGCUGAAUUUCUGUUAAAACAUUGUGUGUGAAUAUUGGAAUGUAAAUUCAUAGAUACUUUUGGGGACUCUAGUGAUUUAGGUACUCCGUGAAGAAAUUUUUUUUGGCCAGUGAGGACCUCUUCUAAUGAAGAUAUAUCUUCUUAGGGGAAGAAAGGAAAAUGAGUUUUGGGUUUAUUUGGGCAAUGUAUUCCAUUGUAUUUGGACUUUUAUAUCAAAUCUGUAAAUCAGUAAAUGCAGUGCCCCUUCUGAAACUAACAUUUGUUUCAGCGUUAAAUCCUCUUUAAAUUUGAAGCAUGUAGUAAAGAUAAGUCUAUCUAAUGCAGAGUUGCAAACCACCUUUGUAGCUUCAUUACCUUUUUUUAUUAAAAAGGCCUGCGCUGCAGGAGAUUGAUUUUUAUCAUCUGUAGACAAUUACUUACAUUUUCGAUUUAGUGCUUUAAACAAGACAUUUACACCUAGUUUAUCCCUGUGGCUGUGGAAAGCAGAUGAGAACAUUUUGAAGUCAACUGUACAUUUUCCCUAUGGAUUUCCAUCUCUUUCUGUAUUUGUCAAUGGUAGCAUUUCUCCAUUAAAAGAUCCAGUUAUUAUAAA